UCUUACAAAAUUUGCAUGUCCGGUGAUGCCAAGAAGAUAGUUCGAGGAUGCUGCGGAUCCACCAAAAAAGUAACCAUAGUAGGAGGAUGGUCAUGGGCGUGGUGGUUCGUGACGGACGUUCAACGUCUGUCUUUGGAAGUAAUGACCCUGAAUCCUCAAUGCGAAAGGGUCGAAACGUCUCAGGGCGUACCGCUUUCGGUGACUGGAGUAGCCCAGUGCAAGAUAAUGAAGGCAGAUGAACUUUUGCAAACAGCUUCGGAACAGUUUUUGGGUAAAACAGUUAAGGAAAUCAAGAUGACCAUUCUGCAGACUCUGGAAGGCCACUUGAGAGCAAUUUUAGGAACUCUUACAGUAGAAGAGGUAUAUCGCGAUCGAGAUCAAUUUGCUGCUCUUGUGCGAGAGGUGGCUGCGCCGGAUGUCGGCCGCAUGGGCAUCGAAAUCCUUUCUUUCACUAUCAAGGACGUCUACGAUGAUGUCCAGUAUCUGACGUCUCUCGGCAAGGCACAAACGGCCAUGGUCAAGAGGGACGCAGACGCAGGGGUCGCUGAAGCCAAUAGGGACGCCGGAAUCAGGGAAGCCGAAUGUCAGAAAUCAGCUAUGGACAUAAAAUAUUCCACAGACACAAAAAUUGAAGAUAAUUCCAGGAUGUUCAAAUUGCAAAAAGCAAACUUUGAUCAGGAAAUCAACACUGCCAAAGCUCAGGCCCAACUGGCCUACGAACUACAAGCUGCGAAGAUCCGACAAAAAAUCCGAAACGAGGAAAUUCAAAUCGAAGUUGUGGAAAGAAAGAAGCAGAUCGAGAUAGAGUCCCAAGAAGUUAUGAGAAAAGAAAGCGAACUGAACGCCACAGUGCGGUUGCCAGCGGAAGCUGAAAGUUACAGGGUUGAAGUUAUUGCCGAAGGAAAGAGGACUCAAACGGUGAAGAAUGCUCAGGCGGAGAGCGAGAAAAUAAAGUUGCUAGGUUCAGCAGAAGCUUCUGCCAUUUCAAGCGUUGGUAAAGCAGAUGCUGAAAGGAUGAGACAGAAAGCUGCCGUUUAUAAGCAAUAUGGAGAUGCUGCCAUUAUGUCUAUUGUUCUCGAAGCCCUACCAAAAGUAAGAACAUACCGCUGACUGAAAUGAACACUUGAGGAUCAACCUCCGGUUAUUCUAUUCUAUGAUACUAAUAAUAAUAAU